GACGAAUGUAUUCUUGUGCCCUUUUUCGUGGAAAUCGAUCUGUACAAUCUUGUUCCACUCUCUGUAACUUUGCUUUGUGCGUGUCCCCGCCGCUCUCCUUCACGAGCAGAACCCUAGGUCUCGGUCGCCGGUGCUCCAAACUCAAAUCUUCGACUGAUAAUUGAUGGAUCCAAGUUUCCGUUGCCGGUUCGCCAGACGAGCGCUUAUGACAGCCGCAACCGCGGCGUUACCACGGCCUGGGUUCGAGCUGAGCAAGACCGACUCGACGAGGACAAUGCCAAGGGGAAGGUCAUAAAUAGAAAGCAAGUCAACUAAGGAAGAGGAUCAUUUUUGGUCUUGGCAUUGGAGUCUCUGUUGGAGCUAUAGCAUUGGCUGGGGGAUGGGUUUUCACGGUCUUCCUGGCUGCUGCUUUUUUUGUUGCUGCAUGUGAGUAUUUUGAAUUGGUUUGGAGUCAUGGAUUCACUUCUGGAAUGACACCUCCUCCACAAUGUGUCAUUAGUUUGCUCCAUUAUCUGCACUCUCACGCCAGUUCUUACAUUGCAAUUGGUCAGACACCACUUACUAACAUUAGCCCAAAGAAAACAUGAGAGGGAACUUUUGUUGGUUUGGGUGGGUGCAUAGCAACUUCUGUUGUAUUUUCAAACAUUUUUAGCUGGCCAACAUCUUUGCUAAGGCCGCAUACUCGACAGGGUGGAUGGUUACAUUUUCACAGAAUCACAGGUGCACUUGCAUACUCUUAUGUCAAAACCAUCUUACCACUUUAUGGUGUUUGAAAAUAUUUUGAUCAGGAAUGCACAAAAUAGCAAAGAAAAAUCUCUAGGUUAUAGUGUACGCGCAUUUUUUGUUUUUUAUAGGUAAAUAGAGAUAUUGCAUUAAUAACAAAAAUCUUGCACAACUCAUACAAAAUGAUUUUGAAAGCAGUUCAAGUGUUCAAUCCCACCUUAAUCAAUCACUAUAAAAUUUUACAAAAUAUGUAUAUAACAAAGAACUUGGUAUCUCAAACCCUUAAGGCAAUUCAAAUCAAUGAAUUAUCUUCAUAUCUAAUGUCAUGGACGAUAUAAACACCAGAUGUAAUUCAAAUCAGUAAAUUAUUCCAUUAGAAACCUAAGGAGGACGAAGAAAUUCUUACUGAAAAAACCCUUAUUCAAAAUCCAAAAGGGAGAGAAACAAAACAAGACAAUUGCUAUAUAAACUCUCAACGUGACAAUGCACACAUUGGAGAAUCUUAGGAUGUCAUCACCCAGGGGAGAAGACAAAGAAGAGUACUUUUUUUGUGGAGGGCGAGAAGGUAUCAAACACGGUAUUUUUCCGGUUUGGGCAUAGAUCCUACUGUUUGUUUAACUUGAUCUUUUCUUGUGGAGAUCAAACACGGUGUUUUUCCGGUUCGACAUAGAUAGCAUAUUAAAGCUUCAUUUGAUAAUAUACUUCUCAGUUUUUU